UUCCGGCGGGUGCUGAGCUGUCGGGGGCGGGGCUUAGGAGAGGGCCAGUCUGGGCGGUGCUGCCCAGCUCACGGGCGGCUGCUGGACAAUGGCUGAUCCGGCGCUGUCCGCCCGGACUCGGGGAGAUUCAGAUAAAGUACACAAAGAUAAGGUUGGACAGACCUCAGGAGCCAGGCAGAGCCGAAUGGGAAAACUCUUCGGUUUUGAGUGGGCAGAUUUGUUUAGCUGGAGAAGGCUAGUGACCCUCCUGAAUCGACCAACAGAUCCUGCAAACCUGGGAGUCUUCCGUUUUCUCUUUGGGCUGUUGAUGGUGCUGGACAUUCCCCAGGAAAGGGGGCUCAGUUCCCUGGACCGAAGAUACCUGGAUGGGCUUGAGGUGUGCCGUUUCCCCUUGUUGGAUAUCCUGCAGCCACUGCCACUCGACUGGAUGUAUCUUGUCUAUACCAUCAUGUUUCUGGGGGCACUGGGCAUGAUGCUGGGCCUGUGCUACCGGUUAAGCUGUGUGUUAUUUCUGCUGCCAUACUGGUAUGUGUUUCUCCUGGACAAGACAUCAUGGAACAACCACUCCUAUCUGUAUGGUUUGUUGGCCUUUCAGCUGACGUUCAUGGAUGCAAACCACUACUGGUCUGUAGAUGGCUUAUUGAAUUCCCGCAAGCGGAAUGCCCACGUGCCCCUCUGGAACUAUGCUGUGCUGCGUGGCCAGAUCUUCAUUGUGUAUUUCAUUGCUGGUGUGAAAAAACUGGAUGCAGACUGGGUUGAAGGCUACUCCAUGGAAAACCUGUCCCGCCACUGGCUCUUUAGCCCCUUCAAACUAAUAUUGUCUGAGGAGAUGACUAGUCUGCUAGUGGUGCACUGGUGUGGACUGAUGCUGGACCUCUUGGCUGGUUUCCUGCUCUUCUUUGAUGCCUCAAGAUCCAUUGGUCUCUUCUUCGUGUCCUACUUUCACUGCAUGAAUUCCCAGCUUUUCAGCAUUGGUAUGUUCCCCUAUGUCAUGCUGGCUAGCAGCCCUCUCUUUUGCUCUGCCGAAUGGCCUCGGAAGCUGGUAUCCCACUGCCCCAAAAGGCUGCAAGAACUGCUGCCCCUUAAGGCUGCCCCUCAGCCGAGUGCUUCCUGUGUGUAUAAGAAGAGCCGGGCCAAAGGUGGCCAGAAGCCAGGGCUACGCCACCAUCUAGGCACUACCUUCACCCUCAUCUACCUCCUGGAACAGCUUUUCCUGCCCUACUCCCACUUCCUCACCCAGGGCUAUAACAACUGGACCAAUGGGCUGUAUGGAUAUUCCUGGGACAUGAUGGUACAUUCCCGCUCCCACCAGCAUGUCAAGAUCACCUACCGUGAUGGUCGCACUGGCGAGCUGGGCUACCUUAACCCUGGGGUAUUCACACAGAGCCGACGAUGGAAGGAUCACGCAGACAUGCUGAAGCAAUAUGCCACUUGCCUGAGCCACCUUCUUCCCAAGUACAAUGUCACUGAGCCCCAGAUCUACUUUGAUAUUUGGGUCUCCAUCAAUGAUCGCUUCCAGCAGAGGAUCUUUGACCCUCGUGUGGACAUUGUGCAGGCCACCUGGUCCCCUUUCCAGCGUACGCCGUGGCUGCAGCCACUGUUGAUGGACCUGUCUCCCUGGAGAACCAAGUUACAGGAAAUUAAGAGCAACCUAGAUAACCACACGGAGGUGGUCUUCAUUGCAGACUUUCCUGGGCUGCACCUGGAGAAUUUUGUGAGUGAAGACCUGGGCAAUACUAGCAUCCAGCUGCUGCAGGGGGAGGUGAUUGUGGAACUGGUGGCAGAACAGAAGAAUCAGACUCUUCGGGAAGGAGAAAAAAUGCAGUUACCAGCUGGUGAGUACCACAAAGUGUAUACAACAUCAUCGGGUCCUUCCUGCUACAUGUACAUGUAUGUCAACACUACAGAGCUUGCACUGGAGCAAGACCUGGCGUAUCUGCAAGAAUUGAAGGAGAAAGUGGAGAAUGGAAGUGAAACAGCACCUCUACCUCCAGAGCUGCAACCUCUGCUGGAAGGAGAAGUGAAAGGAGGCCCUGAGCCAACACCUCUAGUUCAAACCUUUCUUAGACGCCAGCGCAAGCUCCAGGAAAUUGAACGCCGGCGAAAUACCCCUUUCCAUGAGCGGUUCCUCCGCUUCUUGCUGCGAAAGCUCUAUAUAUUUCGCCGCAGCUUCCUGAUGACUUGUAUCUCACUUCGAAACCUGGUAUUAGGCCGCCCUUCCUUGGAGCAGCUGGCCCAAGAAGUGACUUAUGCAAACUUACGACCCUUUGAGCCGGUUGGAGAUUCAAGUCCUUCAAACAUAGACUCUUCAAAUUCUAACCCUCCCGAACCAGAUUCUGACCAUGUCCACUCAGAGUUUUGAAGAAAAUGGACACUGGGUACAAAUGUGGGAGCAGCCGGUCUUAGGACCAUUUAUACAGUAGAAAUUUGAAGAAAUCACUUCAGUAUUUCUCAUUUUUCUCCUUCAUUCAUAACCAUUCUCAAUUCAGAAAUGAUACCUUAGAAGAACCAGUAAGUGAAGCAAGGAUAAAGUUUUAUCAGUUUAGGUGCUGGGUGGUGGCACAUCUGGUUAAGCGCAUAUACCACCAUGUGUAAGGACUCUGGUUUGAGCCCCUGCUCCCCACCUGCAGGAGGGACACUUCACCACUUGUGAAGUAGGUCUGCAGGUGUCUACCUUUCUCUCCUCAUCUCCCCUCCCCUCUCCCAAUCUCUCUCUCCUGUCAAAUAAAAGAAAAAAGAAAAAAUGGCCACCAGGAAUGGUAGAUUCAUAAUGGCGGCCCCAGCAAUAAGCCUGAUAGCAAUUAAAAAUAAUAAAAGCGACUUAUUAGUUCAAGGUUGAGAAAUUAAAAGGGGGUUAAUUAAAAGCAAUAUGGAAAUGUCUCAAAGGGUAAAGACAUAACACAAUGGAUAAACUAUUGUACUCUCAAGUACGAGGUCCUGAGUUCAGUACCUGGCAUCACAUAUGCCCAGAGUGAUGCUAUUUGGGGAAAAAAAAUUAAAAAGAUGGGAAGGAAGUUCACUGUAUCAUAAUAGCUAAUUGUCUUUAAGUGCUUGUGUUAGGCACUGUUCAUAUGCUAUUAUAGUCCUCUAUAGUCACUGCUGUUCUACAUUUAAAAAGAUUGAAGCAGAGAAGUAAUUUGCUCAAGAUAUAUACUAAAGGAUGGAUUGGUGAUUUGAA